CAUGCUCUCUGUGGAGAUAUAUGUAAAUUUAUCUAGCGUACCCCAAGAGCUUGAAUUCAGCGCAGAAAACCGGUUUUAAAACUAUGAACAUGGAUAAGAGCAAGAGCAGUGAUAUGGAAUCGAGCGAAAAAAAAUUGAUUGAAAAAGGGAAAGAAGCAAACGGCGAGCAGGCUAGUGAUGCUAGUGGCAGUAGCAGCGCUGUUGAUGAACGUGACGUUCAAGUUGUCGAGAUAGAGGAUGAACGCGAACAGUGGGGGAAGAAAGCGGAUUUUCUUCUCUCUUGUAUCGGCUUUGCGGUGGGGUUGGGAAAUGUUUGGCGGUUCCCCUAUUUGUGCUACGACAACGGUGGAGGUUAGUGGCUUUAUUAAAUCAGAAGUAAGCUCAAAAAGGCUUAGGUUAAAGUGUUCGUUUCGUGUACCAACUCCACGAUGGCGACUGUAUGAUUAUUUAAUCGCCUUCACAGGGUUUUAAAGGCCACUGAACUGAGUCGGUACAAUUAAAAAUUGGUUUAAAUGCGAAAAGCCACCUGAUUUCAUUCAGUUUCCUCACAGAGAGCGAGCAGAUAGACCACGCUGGAUGUAGGAUUCAAAUGAAUAAAUAUAAACGUAGUCAGUAAUUUUACUCUCAUUAGCUAUGCAUAGACGGUUUCCCGCCCCGCUUGAAAGUUGUAUUGGUGACUUAGAAAAUCCAUUUAAGUGGACGCUUUAACGAUCCUGUUACACACUAACGUAGAUCUUGUACCUUGAUAAAAUUAUUGUUCGGUUUUGCAUCCGGUUUCCGAAAACAUUUUUUGCUCCCUGUCUUUGUGAUUUUGAGAUGAAUAAUUUACCCACCGACUGCGCAACCAUGUGGUUUUCGCGGAAAAACCACGAGAAUUACAAACAAAACUUUUCGCUGGUAGUGCGGGUUGAGGAUUUUUGUGUUGCUGGCCUAUCCUUUUUCUUUUCGCGUUGUUGUGAGGUUUAAUUUAUGAGUGAAAAACAAAAAUAAAGCUCAACUACCCCGGAGGGAAACUCUAAUCACGUACAUGGACAACAUUUUUCAGCCACAGCUCACGUGAAUGUCCAUUGUUGUGUCUUUUCAAAGCUCUUUUUGAAUGUAAACAGGACCCAAGCAUUCGUAGAUGAAGCAGACAACAAAACUUAGUGUAUAAUUUCUAUUUGUUACGUGCAUUUUGAUCGUUGAAAUUAGAAAUUGCUUUAAGUACAUCUGAUAUGUAUUGUAACCGGAAGUUUAUAUUACCCGUUUAAAUAAGUGGUAGUGUUAUAAAUUAUUUGCCUCAAAAGGUGAAUUAAAAGCAAAACUCCUUGAAGGAAGCAAGUAAAAGAGAUAUAUUUCGUUGUAACAUAAAUCGCGAAGAGGAAUUUCUACAUCCAGUAAUUGGCUAAAUGAACUUUGGAACUUUGACAGCUUGUCAUUCAUCACACUGAGACGUAAACAGAAUUAAAGGGGGAAAAAAACUGUCUUCUAUCAUAUCAAUCUAAAUCGUUUUUCUUUCAUUGUGAACCAGUAUUCUGCAAAAAUGUAACAAACUGUCCCUAUUUUUUUCCUUUAAAUUUCAAAUUAUAUUGCUCAACACCUUUUAUCAUGUCUAGACAUGAAUCUAUUUUAUUGUUUCACUUGUUUGGUAAUCAAUUAUGAGUUUAAAAACAUGUUAUUGAUUAUGAAUAGAAAAACAUUUUAUAGCUAUGUUUCACAAUGUUUAUGCUGGAAAGCUUUGCCAAAAAUUUGUAUUGUAGCAGAUUGUAUAUUAGAAAAUAUUGUCAGGAAAUAGUUAACACUAUUCCCUAUUACAUUCUUGCAGAGUGGUUACUGCUCUCAGACUUGCUUUUCAAGAUCUUUAGUGCCUUGUGGUUCAUCUUUCAAUGUUUCAUUUGAGUUAAAAGAGGUGAACUUUGGAAGAAUGCCUGCAUAGAAAUUGUACAAUUACUGAAAUAUCUGUGUGGGCAAUGCUUAUUGAUAUCUCAGUAAAUCGCUAAUGGAGGCUUUUGUUAUUAAUUAUUUUGUGUAUGAAUCUUCUUUACAAUGAACCAAGCCCAGAACUUAUUGCUACAUUUACAUAUCUGUACUCAUUGUUUUUAUUUCAUGUAUUCCUUCAAGGGGCUUUCCUCAUUCCCUACCUAAUCAUGCUUGUGUUGUGUGGAAUGCCAAUGUUCUACAUGGAGUUGGCUGUUGGCCAGUAUUUCAGCCUUGGGCCAAUAGGGACAUGGGGUGCAAUUUGUCCAUUGUUUCAAGGUAACAAUGAAGCUUUUCUCAGAGGAAGGUAGUUUUGGUGUUGUGCAUUUACUUGACAUAGUUCAGAGUGAUUAAAAAUUAGGUUAACUCUUAAACAUCAAAAGGAAAAAUGAUUCAUCAGAUUGAUAACAGAACAUUUUUUUGUGGCUUGGUCGCAUGAACCAGUGUUUGUGGAAAUAAUGUCCCCUCACUUGUCGGUAAAUCUCUUACCAGUAAUUUCAUUGCCCUUCUUGACAAUAGAACUUGUAUGCCAAAAACGUGCAGAAGUUAAAGGGUGAGAAGUGAUGUUUAAACAAGACUGAAGUAUCUUGUUAAUUCAAGAUGCAUUAAUUUAUUUUGUAUUAUUGAACCUUGACCCCUAAGUGUAAGUUAUAAGCAAAGGCCAGCUGUUCUUCUAUACAUGUGCAACCCUUACUGAAGGUCAAAGAACACUUUUGGGAAAAGCAGUAUUAAGUAGGUCCCCUGUUGCUGAAAGGGCCCCCUUGCCUUACUAAAGAUGACUUGACUUGACUUGACUUGAAGUUUGUUGCAAAACGUGGUUUGUGAUGUACUCAUUGUCCUGAUUACUUUUCUUUGUUUUCUUUGUUAUUCAGGUGUUGGAUUUGCAAGCAUGAUGGUGUCUUUCCUUGUUUGUGUUUACUAUAAUAUCAUCAUUGCUUGGUGUCUUUACUUCCUCUUCUUGUCAUUCCGCAAAGAUGUACCUUGGAAGUCGUGUGGAAAUUGGUGGAACAGUGAGAAGUGUUAUGCUGGGCGGAUUCCAGAAUGUUCUUCUGGCCUUUCUAAUGGCACAGUUGUCCUUGCAAAUAGCACUGCUGCACUUGCUAAUUCAACACUCAAAAACUGCACAAAGGCAGCAGUAGAUGAUUUUUCUUCUCCAGCCCUAGAGUACUGGCAGUAAGUCAUCAUUCAUUUUUCUUUGUUUCUCUUGGUGAAUUAUCUGGUUAUGGCAGGGUAGAGUUUCCUUUUUUAUGACAUUGCUUGUGUAUUGGAAAUUGUUUUAUGGUGUUUUUUUUUUAACAUGCAGCAUGUUUUUGUUUUUUCUUCUCUCAGAAAUUAUGUCUUGCGUUUAACAGACAGCAUUGGGGAUGCUGGAGUUUUUAGAUGGGAAAUAUUGCUUUGUUUGCUAGCUGCGUGGAUUGGGGUGUAUUUCUGUAUGUGGAAAGGAGUCAAGUCAUCUGGAAAGGUAACACUGGGUUAGAAGUAACUUUUUCAAAAAAAGUGAAUUCUGCAAGCAGAAAAGAUCAAGUUAAUUAAUACUGUUUUACUUCUCUGUGCAGGUUGUGUACUUCACAGCAACGUUCCCCUAUGUGGUACUUUUUAUUCUAUUUAUCCGUGGAGUCACGCUUCCAAAUGCGAAAGAAGGGAUUAUUUAUUAUUUGAAACCUCAGUGGUAUCGACUCAAGGAUCCCAAGGUUGGUAAUUGCUAUAUGUUCUUAUACAAUAAUCUUAGCCAAGGAUUCAAUUUGUAUCGAACUUAAUUGGUUAUUCCCUUGAACUGUGGUUGACACUCUUAAUUUUCUGAUCCUCUGAAACCUGAGCCAUUAAAAAUUUAAGGCAUCAAGCAAGAUAUAAGUCCUUCAUAAGCAGUGUAGCACCAGUUUUAAUUGAUGCGAAAUUUUGCUGUGAGAUGAGAAAACAUUUUAGCUGAAUUUUUAUCUCAUGAUACCCAACAGUGAAAUAAUGCAGUUUCACAUACUCGAAGGACAUGUGGGGGAACCAUCUAUUUUAAAACAGAUAAUAUUUUGUUAGAUCUAAUUCAGUGGCUCAUUAAUUAGUGAACUUAGCCAACUUAAUAAAUGGAUUUCUCUGAUCUUGAUAGAGAGAUUUACAUGUAACCCUGAGAUGCUGUCUGUGAUUUCAUUCAAGUGCAAAAAAACAAAAACCUUUGUGUUAAGGGAUGUGUUCUUUUGUUUAGGUAUGGGUUGCAGCUGCAACUCAGAUUUUCUACUCCCUUGGAAUUGGCUUUGGUUCUUUGGUGGCCAUGGGAAGUUACAACAAGUUCCACAACAAUGUUUUCAAGUGAGUAGUUUCAUUGUACUUGUGCUUUUAUUUUGUGAAUGGUAACCUCAUCCCUGCACAAUGAUUGGCUGCCUGUUUCUGCUAGCCCUCUAGACAUUGGCUUGCAAGCUGUGUGGUUUGCAGGUCAGGGCAAUGCAGUUGUUACUCCUUAAAAGACCUGCAAAAUUCAGUGUCUUUGUCAAGGGAAGGGGAGGUAGCAAAGUUCCCUUGUAUGCAAGUGCAAUCCCUCUAUCAAUAAUAUAGUGUUCUCUGUAAUGAAAGAGCAACAAUUUUUGAAGUUUUUAACUCUUAAGGUAUAACCUUUCUUUUCUUUUGUAUUCAGAGAUGCAAUGAUGAUCUCUUUGAUCAACUGUGCAACUAGUGUUUUUGCUGGCUUUGUCAUUUUCUCUACACUUGGCUUCAUGGCACAUAGCCUCAACAAAAAAAUUGAAGAUGUGGCAAGUUCAGGUACAGAUAACUGAUUAUUUAUGCUCUCUGUGCAUGAAAUUUAAUGUUAUCUGAAAAACUAAACUAUUCAGCAGUAUACAGUAGUGACAGUCUUUUGCAAGGCAGGUCUCUUAACUUUUCUGAAAUUGCUAGUGGUGGUUACUAUGUAAACUGUCUUGUAGGAAGCAAUUUGUAUUCAAAAUUUUGUGUACAAAUAUUGCAAGAUCACAUAAUGAAAAAUGUCUGACAGUUUCCAAAUUUUUUUGGUAGGUAUGAGUUUCCCACUCCUCCACUCCUAAAGUGGAGCUUUAGAUUGCAGUUUGGAAAAAAAUUCUAAGGGUAUUAGAGAUUUUUAAUUCUUUUCCAUGAUUCCUUAAUUCUCCAUCAAGCAAAAGAAGCUAAAUGUAUAUGCUGUACUUUCUUUGUUUAAGGUCCCGGCCUGGCCUUUGUGGUUUAUCCAGAAGCCAUUGCUCAGAUGCCAAUUUCACCUCUUUGGGCCAUUCUGUUCUUUUUCAUGCUGCUUACUUUGGGCCUGGACAGUCAGGUAGAAUCACUUUCAGCAAAUCAAAAUUUCUUUUUCUCAUGCUUAAAAUCUGUUUUGAGCUUAUAGAAGGAAAUACAGGUAUGAAGAGGAAAGAACAAAAUAUAUACAAAAUUUUAAGUUUUUACACUGUGGUAAUGCUGUUGAAAAGUAGAAUUAACUUACCCAAGUAUCUCUUUUGUUAAAGAAGAUUAUAAUAAUUAAGGACUUGAGAAGUUUCUGAGCUUGUCCUAUGUAGUCCUGCUGUUAAGCUCCACCCAGCUGAGCUAUGAAGCUCUUGAUAUUGGUUGCUGUCUAUUAGAGUUUUUGCACUUAAUUUGUUUCUGAAGUCCUUCCCCUUCUUUGUUGCAAAGUUUUGCACUAUUUGAACUUAAGGCGCUCUUUUUUCUGUUAGUUUGGUAUGAUGGAAGCAGUAAUUACGGGAGUUGUGGAUGAGUACCGCAUCUUCAGAAGACACAAAGAACUCUUCAUCCUGGUGGCUUGUAUUUUGUGCUUCCUCCUGGGCUUACCAUGUGUCACACAGGGAGGAGCAUACGUGCUGAACCUAUUUGACUACCAGUCAGGAGGUGUUUCUCUUCUGUUCCUGGCUUUCUUUGAAACUGUAACCCUGGCCUGGAUUUAUGGCACUGACAGGUUUUCUCUUGACAUUGAGAAAAUGAUAGGUCGUCGUCCAGGAGCUUGGUGGUGGUUUUGCUGGAGGUUCUGUGCACCUCUCAUCAUGGCAGGAAUCUUCUUGUUCAGUGUAUCGCAAUGGGGUGGUAUCUCUUAUGGUGACUAUAAGUAUCCACCGUGGGCUGAAUUUAUUGGAUGGCUUAUUGCCUUGUCUUCAAUGCUCUUCAUUCCUGGAGUGGCAAUCUACAACUUGUACAUGACACCUGGCACAUUUAUGGAGGUGAGUAGAACUUCACAGUUCCAAGGGAAAUCUGAUUUUAAAGUUGCCAUUUGGACAUUUGAAAUCAUUUACCAUUAGUCUUUUCUUGAAAUUUUUCUUUGUUCUCAUGUUAAAAAAAACAUGUGCCAAAUAUCUUGACAUGGAGGGAGAUUUUUAACCUUUGGAUAUGUGUUUUUCCAUUUUACAGAGACUUUACAUCUGCCUGAAACCAGACCCAGUUGUGCAAAAAGAGAUUGAGGAAAGGCAAGGUCUUGAACACCAAGUUGAACUUAUAAAAGUGUAAAAUUGGUGAGAAGUUCUUCUAUUUUUUUUUUUUUGGUUUUGUUUUUUUGUUAGGAAUGUACUAUCUUAUUUUUCAUCAUCAUCAUCAUUAUUUAAAAAUUGCAAAACAGUUUAAUUGUUUUUGUUUCUCUUUUUCUUUGUAGAGGGUUAAAGAUAUUGAUUUUGUAAAUAUAGUCUGAAUUGCUUCAAAGAAGAUCAGAAAUGUUCAUUUGGUGAUGCCAUAUAAAUAGAACAAGGAUUGAUUCUACAGCCCAGCACUGGCCAAAAGAUUAUUGGUGAUAUACAUGUACAUAACUCUUGGAUGCAGGAAUGGAUGUGUAUAUGUAAAGAUGUGGCAUGAGACUUCAGGAUUCAGUGCUGGUUGUUGGAAGUGUGGAUAACACUACCCAGUGAAUAAAUCUCUAUCCAGUGGGUAGCACAGUACAGUUCUUUAGCUCUUAUGUCUGAUGUCUGCAGGAUAAAAAUUUAUUCAUUGAAUAGCAUUAUCAGCCCUUUGAAUAACUGGGUCCUGUUGUUCUUCUGAUUUAAGUAUCAUAAAGAACUCCAUGAGGAAGCACAAUUCAAGGUUAUUUGGUGAAAUUUUGCUACCUCUCUUGUAGUUAACUGUAAAGUUCUCCUAGUUGGUAUUGUGGUACCAAAACAUCAGCCUUCCCUUUCCUUCAUGUAGUAUUGAACUUUACUGGAAAGCCAGAAAAGAAGAAAGCCUUUAGUAGUUUAGCUUUGUUUUUAUCCCAAGUGGUUUAGCAACACUGUGUGUUAGGUGUUGGUACUUCUGAAUAUAGUCUGAAUAUAGUUGAGCUUUGUAAUAUGAACGCCCACAUGCUUUAAUACAGGUGUCUAUAUUGCUUAGUUGAUUGGGGAAAAGUCUGCACCUGGUUUGAGAGUAUGGUGGCUGUGCCAUCAUUUUGUAGAUGUGAAACCCAAAAGUGCACUUACAAUUACAUUGCUAGCUUUUUUAAGUUUCACUGUAAAAGAAUUUAAAGUUAGCCCUCUGGUUAUGUCCAAAUCUAUUGUAAUUGUUAAGCUUUAAGUGUUAAAAGAAAUGUUUAAUUCAUUUGUGCUAUGGUAGGGUGUUAAUACACCCGUACAAAGCAGUUAUUACACAUACAUACAUGUUCAUAUUGUUUAGUAUUAUCACCUGCUACUGCUCGAGAUUUGUGUAUAGCUGCCACUGUUAUGUUAUUAAAUUGUUGAGUAUACGCAAUGAGAAACUACAUCGACCCUAAAAUCAUUAAUCUGCUUAUUAACCCUCAAGUGUUAAAAGCUGGAUAACAUAUUGUCUGAUACUGUUAUUUUUGUGACUAUCACUUGACAUUAGAUCUUGACACUUGAUAUUAGAUCUUUGUAAUUCAUUUACUGUUUAAAUUACCUUAACUAGGCUGCAUAA